AGAUAAUGGGAACUGCAGAUGCUGGAGAAUCUAAGAUAAUAAAGUGUGAAGCUGGAUGAACACAGCAGGCCAAGCAGCAUCCCAGGAGCGCAAAAGCUGACGUUUCGGGCCUGGACCCUUCAUCAGAGGAUGAAUAAACAAAUCGGAUCGGUGGGAGUUAGCCAAUGAAAUCACAUGCAAUGAACCAAUCGGAUUAGCCAAUCGGAUUAGGGAACGCGAACGGGGAUUCUUCCCGUUGGAGCGGGAGAGAGGUGUCAGAUGCAAAUCAGGCAGCGAUCCGGGGUUUUCCUUGGAUAUCUAUGUGAAGAACACGGCCGCUGUCGCGAGGAAGGUUGUGGCUGCGAGUUGCCAUAGUUACGGUCGGUGUUGGCCAGACGCGGAGGAGCUCAGAGCUAAUAAAUAACAGCCCUCCGUUUACCCCCUGAGAAAAUGGCUGACCUGGUGGCAUUUUGGGAAGUUGCUCUAAGCGAUGGUGUUCACAAAAUAGAAUUUGAGCAUGGCACCACCUCAGGAAAGCGAGUGGUUUAUGUUGAUGGAAAGGAGGUUAUACGGAAGGACUGGAUGUUCAAACUUGUUGGGAAGGAAACAUUUGCAGUUGGAGCUACUAACACUAAAGCAACAAUCAAUAUUGAUGCAAUUAGUGGUUUUGCUUAUGAAUACACAUUGGAGAUCAAUGGGAAAAGCCUUAAGAAGUACAUGGAGAACAGAUCAAAAACUACAAACACAUGGAUAUUAAAUCUGGAUGGAAUAGAUGCACGAAUUGUGCUGGAGAAGGAUACCAUGGAUGUUUGGUGCAAUGGGAAGAAAGUGGAGACAGCAGGUGAAUUUGUGGAUGAUGGCACUGAAACUCACUUCACUAUUGGGAACCAUGACUGCUGUAUCAAAGCUGUUAGCAGUGGGAAACGAAGAGAAGGAAUAAUCCACACUCUUAUUAUGGAUGACCAGGAAAUUCCUGAAUCUGCUGAGUGACUACCUGUACACCAACCAUACAGAAGAACAAAUUUUCUUGAAAAAUUAUUCAGAUGCUCUGAUAUCAUUCAUGCCACAAUAUGAAGAAAUACUACUCUUGAAGAUGUUGGUUGAGAAAAUUCAUAUUCUGUGCAAUAAUCAAACUUCAAAGAUAAUUAGAAUUAGUUGGUUGACCUAAAACUACUCUGUUGCUAUGCGACCAUCAAUGACAAACAUUUUAUGAGUAACUACAGCUUUUCUAUUCUCUGUAUUUCAAAGCAAAUUAUAUGGGGUGCAUAUCAAUAAAAUACUCAGUACAAGGAAUGAAUUAAGAAAUAUUAAUUUUUAAAAUUGAAACAUCAUGUUAACUUUCAUGUUUUUAGUUUUAAUGAAUUAAUCCAUUCUUUUAUAGUGUAACUAGUUUUCACUAUUUUGUGACAAUAGACCUCUUCCAUAUCUUCUAGCAUUAAACACCAUAGAAUCAUUUGAAAAAUACAAAUAUAAUUCAUCAGUUUUUCAAAUUGUGCUGUGCACCUCACAUUAUGAAAAAACACAGCUACAUUAAAUAGGUUGAGAUUUCUUUACCUGGUAAAUUUGCAUUUUAUUUUCAGCGGCAAGGCUGACAUAAACAUUGAUAUGGACAAGAAAGGAACUUUAUUCGGAACACAUGGCUUUCAGGCUGUAUGCUGUUCUGUUGAUGCACGUCCAUGCUGAAACCAAUGUCUGGUACAACAAUUGCCAGGUCAUUUUUUUUUUAAAAUGAUGCUCCCUAAACAAGAGUUUAUGUAAAUGUUUUAAACUGUUUCAUGUAACUAAUCCUGUUUGCCUCAAUACAUUGAAAAAUAUGGGCCCAAGUAGGCAUAUUGUAUUGGUAGAGUUUCUUUUUAUGGAAGACUUUAUGAUAUGGACAUUUUUUUUAAUACAAAUAAAUGUUUUUGCAUUGGA